GCCUGGUAACACUUAUUUACGAUUGAUCUUCCUUGAUCUUAACAUUUACAUAUUGUUACCAUUAUUCGUUAUUAUCAUUAUUGAUUAGUAAGUAGGCGAAAUAGGAAGAAGGGACCAUGCAAUCCACUAGCCUCUUUCUGUCUGUGAUUUUCCUCAUAAGUCUGGUCUCAAUCGAUGGCCUCCUGCGCCGCUGCUAUCAGUGCCGAUCCCGCGGGGAAUUGGGCAGCUGCAAGGACCCCUUUACUUUCAAUGCGACGGAUGUGGAGCAGGAACCGGGAGUGGCGGCCAUCCCGUGCGCCAGCGGCUGGUGCGGCAAGGUGAUCGAGGGCGGCGGCGCCUAUGCCAUCGAUGACUACGACCUGGCCAUCCAGCGGAUGUGCGUGCAGCGCGGUCCGGAUGACAACAUGGACCGCUGUGCGGACACCAUCUACAACUACAAGAAGGUGUACAUGUGCUUCUGCCAGGGCGACCUGUGCAACGGCACGAGGAGCUGGUCCAGUGCACCACAGAUGAUGCUGAUCCCCGUUCUACCGCUGCUCGCCUGGCUGCUCCAGCGGAUUCGAAACUAGACUGCUUUCUGUGGUUUUAGCCGGCAAUGUAUAUACAUUUUUCAAUACUCAUCAACACGAAAUGCAAUAUCUACUGUUCGAGAAAUACAAACUAUAUUUUGUUAAUAUUUAACAUCGAAUGUUCUUGCUGUUUAAGAUUUUAUGCCAGUUUUCUUGGAUCCACGGAUCCUUCACUCAGGCAACAAGGCCCAGUCCAACCUCAAACAAAGGAAUCACCACGCUUAUAUGUAUUUAAGAUGUACCCAUGAUUACAUGGAAUUAAAUGUCACCUAUGCCCUGCAGACGAGAUAAGACAUAGAUCCCGAGUUCGGGUCAAUCUGCUAUCAGUGAAACAGACAAAGAAACGCCACAUG